AUGGCCGCCGUUGAGCCCCUCUUGGUCGAUGGCAGUGUUCUUGAAGGGGGCGGUCAGAUCCUCCGUAAUACAGUUGCUUUUGCCGUUCUUCUCUCGCGCCCAGUCUCAAUACACAACAUUCGACACAACCGCCGUAAACCGGGCCUGAAAGCUCAGCAUGCCGCGGGUCUCCGCCUCGUGGCGAAAAUAUGCUCAGGACACCUAUCUGGCUGUGACAUCGGAUCGUCCGCAAUCGAAUUCCGUCCUGGUCCUAUUGGUCUCUUUGCCGUGCUUGAUAUUUAUGUCCGCUCCACCCUCGGAGACCGUCUCACCUACCCGACUGAUUUUGCGCGGUGGAACGAAUGCACCCCUGGCACCACAAAUAGACAUGCUGCUCGCGUUUUCCUGCCGUUCAUCCAGCGACGCUUUGGACUCACCCCGGACUUGCGGAUACUUAAACGAGGCUUCGUUCCCAAGGGUGGGGGUGAAGUUAUUGUCUCGGUCACUCCUCAGUGUGAUCCUCUACCGUCUGUUGUCGUCACAGACCGAGGAUCUGUCACUUCUAUAGGCGGCAGAGCGUACGUUGCAGGUCUGCCUGCCCAUCUAGCAACCAGCAUGCGCGAUGGCGCAGCUACUAUACUGUCUAGGGCAGGAAUGGACCCGGGUCUCGUUAACAUUACUGCAGUUAGAGAGAAGCCUGAAGAGGCGAUAGGCAGCGGGUCUGGGAUCGUCCUUUGGGCCGAGACAAGUGGUGGAUGUGUAUUGGGCGGAAGCGCCAUUGGAGCGAAAGGGAAGGAUCCUGAAAAGGUAGGGGCAGAAGCAGCCGAAGAAUUGAUUCGCAAUCUAGGACACGGAGGCUGCGUAGACGAGUACUUACAAGAUCAGAUGAUCAUCUUCCUUGCUCUCGCGAAGGGGCGAUCUCUGAUCAAAGCUGGACCCUUAACACUGCACACAAAAUCUGCCAUCUGGGUGGCAGAGCAGCUAACUGGUGCCAAGUUCCUUAUCACUGAACUGGAAGGACAAACUUGGAUAGAGUGUAAUGGGAUUGGAUACACUGCUUUAGUAUAG